AUGCCCAAACUAGUCAAUCAAACAAUGAUUGGGGAUGCAAGUGAUCUCUGUCUUAAGAUUGGCUACAUAAUAAGUGCCAACGGAUACCAAGUGGAUACCUUCAAUAUCGGCAGUCUUGUUGCUACCUCUCAAUGUCGUCAUGAAGAAACCAAUUUUUUUUGCAUUGGUCCAUCAUUUGCUGCAGUUAAACGGAGAAUUUUAUUUAUUGAUGUCGAUGCACAUGAUGCUGCUGGUGCAAUCGGCGAAAGUUGUCCACUGCUCUCAAUGAGAACAUUAAACCAACAGCGAUUGAUUCAGACGAUAUAUCAGAAGAUCAGUCCAAAAAUGGAUGACGAAUAUAGUAACGUGAGAUCAAAUGAAGAAUAG